CGGAGGGAGUACUUUUUUUAGUAGCGUGACUACCACACGCUCUUUAAAAUCUCUGGAUACAUACCAUCCGCACUGCUCAGUGCUCUCUCCAUCUAUCGGGUAAUCUGAAGGUCAGAUCCAUCUACAGAGCGCUUCGAUUUCUCAAACAUGGCGACCAUCGGCUGCUGUUACGCCUCACCGAUCGUUCGUCAAGCAACGCCGCUCACGGCGACGAAUCCCCGGCGGCGGAUGGUGGCGGUUAGAGCCGAAGGUAUAAUAAAUCCAGGCAUCAGGAAGACGGAAGACAAAGUCGUGGACUCCGUCGUCGUCACCGAACUCGCUAAGCCCCUCACUGCUUACUGCAGGUGUUGGAAGUCAGGGACAUUCCCGUUGUGCGAUGGGAGCCAUGUGAAGCACAACAAAGCUACCAGGGACAACGUUGGACCUCUGUUGUUGAAGAAACAGUGACAUCGUUGCUGGCUUUGAUGUCCACUCUCCACUCAAAAAUGUCUUUGAAUAAUUCUACGGAGUGUAUAUUAUUUAAGAAAUAACAUUGAGUCGCAAUGCCAUAUUGAAAGUCUUUGUUUGUGUGUUAUCCUGGUUGAAACUUUGUUACAAUGUAGUAUUGGUUUACAAAUGCAUCAUCUGGUAGAACAUAAGAUAUUUCAGAACAAAAUUUUACAAAUGCAAUUUUACGCUUUGGGUUUGUAG